AUGUCCAAUCUCAUUUUUUGCUGUACAGCCCCAGAUUUUGGUAGCGAAAAGUUUCUAGAAACAUCUCUAUUUCUACCGGACUGCCAAACCAGACCUCAAAGGCAAUCGAUCGUACCUCAUCAUAGCAUUGUCGUAAACGGAGAGUACACUGUUGAGUUGGAUAUUGUUCAAGAAAGUGUUGUGCUAUCCGAAUUCUAUCGUGAAGAGGCCAACAGUACAGCACGAAUAAUGUUUUGUGUAAGAGUUGACUAUUUUCACUUCGAUGGAACGAACGUGAACGGGGUCAACUUUCAUGAAACGAAUGUAUCGAUCGGGAUAGAUUUGAUUGCUGGUUUUCGACUUCGUGACAUUGACUUCGACAGGGCAGCCUCAGAAUUUUCGUCAGCGACGGCUUCACUAGACUAUCCUAUACGAGCUAAUUUUUGCAACGGAGAGAACAAGGAUCAGCCCCAGCCAGCUUUGUUUCAAGGGAUGACUUUGCAAGUGUGUGUUUCAAUGGACGAGACUGUAGCAAUUGGAAAAGCAUACGUGAUCGAUAUCUUAGAGAUGGACCUGCAUCAACCAUCGACGGGAGUGCAUGACAAUCCAAUAACAAAAGCAUACUCCAACAAACUGACGCAAAAAACGUGCAAUGGCGGCAUAUGCAACGUUAAAACGCAGCUCACAUCGCGAUGGUUUGAAAAAGCGGAUCCGGAAUCGAUUGAUUUAACCGGAAUGGCACUUCUCGCGCUCGGCUCUGCCUCUUCUCGGGAAGAAACCAGAAUGCUUCGUUUGCCAAUCAAUUUUAGAGCGAGGCGAAGAAAUCUCAAAUCCAAUUUCACAGAGCUUUCUGAACCAGAAGGGCGCUUUGAAAUGUUCAUUCUGAGAGCAACUCUACAAGGCGAUGCGAAAGACCGAGGAUUGGGGCUUGGCCUUAUUGUAUCUUGUGUCGCUGCGGCUUGCCUUCUGACGUGUUCUUGCUCUCUCUCUGUUUGCAUUGCACUUCGUUUGCGUGCUCUACGGGAGAAACAGUUUAAAAAUCUCGCUAAAGCCGACAAGCAACAUGCUUGUGGAGCUGACCACACGUAA